AUGCAUUCGCCGAGUGAGGAUCAUAUGGGCGUUGUUAUGCUUAUCUUAAGAUAUCUGAAAGUAACUCAUGGCAAGGGGUUAAUGUUUUCCAAGUAUGGUCAUAGGGAUGUGAAAUGGUAUACUAAUGCUAAUUGGGCUAGUUCAGUCACUGAUAGGCGUUCUACGUCUGAGUAUUUCAUGUUUGUUUGUGGUAAUCUUGUUACUGGUAAUCUUGUUACUUUGAGAAGUAAAGAGCAAAAUAUAGUGUCUCGGUCUAGAGUAGAGGCCGAGGAUCAUGGGAUGGCUCAAGUCGCAAUUGCAAUUGCUCAUAACCUUGUGCAACAUAAUCGUACAAAGCAUGUGAAGGUUGAUCGACAUUUUAUUAAAGUGAAGUUGGAUGCAUAG